ACCCAUGUAUUUUCAGAAGCUUUGAACAGCAGGAACUUCGACUAUCUGAAAGCACAAGCAGAAAAUCGAAGUAGAAGAUGCAGCAAAGAAAAUCAGCAUCUGGGAGACCUUCUGGGACGGACGGCUCAGAUUUCUCCUAUCGUAUGGUCGUCGAUUCACGGUAUCAAAAGGUAGCUUCAGGGAAGUCUCGUCUCUACGCUCUGAUUUUAACUCAGGCUGCCAUUCAAUUAUUUGGAGCUUUAUACACAGUUCUGUCAAAGUCAAAGGAGGGUCCUGAUAGACUUGCUAUUUCAGCUUUUGCUGCUGGUUUUGUUUCUUUGAUAAUAGGGGAAUUAGGUCGAAGACGUAGCCGAACAAGUUUCUUGAAAAUCUACAUGGUUUUAUCUACUGCCACGAUACUUUUCUGGAUUGCCCGUGUUGCUCAGAGCAAUUUUAUGUUAGAGGUUAUCCAAGAUCCAAAUAGAUGGGAAACAAAGCAGUUGGAACUUCUGUUGACUGCCCGCUUUCUAUUUGGAUUGCUGGUACAUAUACUUGCAAUUGGCACAACAAUUUCUCUUAUUGGUAAUAUGUCUCCUCCCAAAAGGGCCUCUUAACUGCUUCUUGUAGCCUAGAACUCAUUCUCCGUGUCAACAGCUAAAUGAAAUUCUUUUUUUUUUUUUUUUUUUGAGUGCGUCAUAAAUUAUAUAGAUUCACAAAAGAUUGAUUCCUUAAUUUUGGUUAAUCGCCUUCUAAGAAUUUGAGCUGUGGAAGAUAUAGGUUUCUCUGUUUUCUUUCUUUCAUUUCUUAAAUUGAAGAAUUGAAGUAAUGAUCUUUGGGCAUCAA